CAGACCUGGUAGCUACACCGCAGACAUACAGCCGAGCUGCUGCUACAACAGAAUUAAUCAUUAAAGUGUCAUUAUUAGCACUGUGAUAACUGCUGUGAGAGUAAAAAGACAGACUGUUUUUUUUUUCUACGCAGUUCGGUGUGACUCCAGUGAAGGGGAGGAGGAGCGCUGCUGCUCAUUCGCUCUCCGAGGCUCUCCGCCGCACAGCAGCAACUUCAAAACACGGAGGAAACCCGGCAGAGAGGACGUGUUGGUGGGAAAGCGACCACCGACGGACACCUCACCUGCCCAGGGACAUAUCAAACACACCGACAGAGCCUGCUGGUCCAGUUCCCAUCUGUCCACUGGCUGUGGAGCUGCUCAAAGAGUCUCAGAGCUGUGGAUUGCAUCAUGAUGGGACAAUAGUGGUGGGAAUCAAAGCUCGCCCUCCUUCUCUUUCUCCAUCUCCUCCCCCAUUUCUUUUUCUCUCACAGAAACCCUUCCCCCUGACAAAUACACAAACUCUGACCACUCCUCCCACGCUGGUCAUGCUCCACUCCCCCCAUCGCUUCAGCCAGUCAGGCAGAGAGUCGAUGGAGGCUGUGUAAUCCUCUGUAAAGUAAAGGCCCUAUACGGCUGCAUAUGCUGCCUUUUGUCAUGGCGGCUGUUGUUGUUGCGGAGGCCUCCCUCAGGAGAGAGCAUGAGGGAGAACAGGAGGCAGCGUAAAGCUCACAAAGGGAGGACGGGAGAGUGAGAGAGGCUGCCGUUUGUUUGACUGCAGGAGAAUGAGCUUCACGUGGCAGCCGCUGGAAUUCAGUGGAGGUGAAACUACAUGAUGUGGCAUCAUCUCCCCACGCUAAACACACACUGGACCAACGGUCAACUCUGGAGAUAUUUGCCACCUGCUGACCAGCAGCAAGGAAUGCAGUGAAGCACACAAGUUGACAAGACUUUCUUUUUCUCACGUAGAAUAUUUUUCUAGUGUUCCUCUUCUUGGUGGUCUUUUCAGUUUCAGCCUACCAAAAGUGCCUUUUUUCUAUGGUUUUUUAUUAUUACCCGUUUUGCUCCAUAUUCCCAGAUUAUUAAAUUGAUGAACACAUUGUGGAUUACUGUUUAUCUGACGGUGUGUGGGUAGUAUCAGCCACGACACCAGCCUCCAUUAGACUUGACAAUCAUCACCUGCAUGGGGAGCUCUCACUGAAGCCCAGCAGAAUAUCACUGAGGUUUCAGGCUGCUUCACAUCACUGCCUCCGCCGGACCGCUCCUGUUCUGACAACGCCGUCACCAUGGUGAGCUUCCAGUCCAGAUGGCGCUACCUCUUCAUGUUCCUGGGCAUCCAGCUGGUGGUUAUGGCGCUGCUGUCCCGAGAGGGCUACCAGAAGAGGGUCACCUAUUUCAUCCGCAUCUUCCGCAAACCCGACGCCUCCGUCUUCUCGGGCCGCAACCACUCCGCAGCUGGCAUCAGCGGAGGUGACGUGUAUGCCAACCUCUCCCACCUUUCCAAAAAUCACAUCCAUGCAGAUGAGAUACACUACUGCCCCAAGACGUCCCCUUUAAUCGGAGGGCCGAUCCACGUCAGCUUCCCGUCAGGACUCACUCUGGCGCAGGUUCAGAGGAAGAACCCCCUGGUGGUGCGUGGAGGACACUACAGGCCGCCCGACUGCGAGGCGAGGCACCGGACCGCCAUCAUCAUCCCCCACCGGCACCGAGAACACCACCUCAAGUUCCUGCUCUACUACCUGCAUCCUUUCCUGCAGCGGCAACAGCUCAGCUAUGGAAUCUACAUAAUCCACCAGGCUGGAAACUACACUUUCAACAGAGCCAAGCUGAUGAACGUUGGUUUCCGGGAGGCAAUGAGGGAGGAAGACUGGGACUGCCUUUUCUUUCAUGACGUGGACCUCAUACCGGAGGACGACCGCAACACAUACGUGUGCGACGCCAACCCGAAACACGCAGCCAUCGCCAUGGACAAGUUUGGCUACAAGCUUCCGUACAAGAUGUACUUUGGGGGAGUGUCAGCUCUGACGCCACUGCACUACCUCAAAAUGAACGGUUUCCCCAACAACUACUGGGGCUGGGGCGGAGAGGACGACGAUAUUGGAGUCAGAGUGUCUCUGGCUGGGAUGUACAUCAGCCGUCCAUCACUGAAGGUCGGCCGUUACAAGAUGAUUAAACACAAGCUGGACAAAGGCAACGACGUGAACCCAAAGAGGUUCAACAUGCUGGCGAAGACUCGUCAGACCUGGAAGCUGGACGGGAUGAACACAGCUGAAUACGAGAUAAUCUCACGGCAGUACUUGCCGCUCUACACCAACAUCACCGUCUUCAUUGGCACAGAGGCCGGUCUGCACUCAACACCACCUCCUCCUAAAGCUGCCGGCAAAGCUGAGGCCAAACCUGCAGCCGCAGCUCCUGCCAACGUCCAAGAAAAAGGCGCCGCCAAACCCGACGGCAAAGUCAAAGAGGACACCUCAGAGAAGUAGUGCUGAACUUCCAUCAGAACAUGCUGCAUGAUGGCGUCUUUUCUCCUCAGCAACCCAGAGUUUUUCCUCAUUUUAAGCUUUUUUUGAACAGUAGUUUGUGGAGAAUCGACAUCAUACUGCCUGCAGGCAUCGUUCGGGUGGUUCAAACACCCGGUUUAUUAAAAACAGAACUGACGGCUCUCCACUUUGGUUCUCUGAUAUUCUUCCACAGGAGCCACAGCAAAGAGAGACAGUAAAAGUUGGACUCUAUGAGUUUCUAUAUCUACAGCACUGUGGUCGCUGGUUAAACCUUGUGAGGCCUUAGAAUUUUAUUUUUCUUGUCUUUUCACUCAUACCUUACUUUAUGUAGAGUCGUGGAGCAGCAGCUUCCAGCUUUCUCUGUGCCACAACAGAGUUGGACUUAUUUUUUUUUCAUCAAAACCAGUGAAGACAAGCUUGUGUUUGCAGGUGAAGCUGCUGCACCGAACACAGAGCUUUGUUUGUGCUGACAUAUCCCAUUAGUCUGACGCUUUCCCACACAGAUCUGCACAGUUUGAGUUUCAAACAUUGACUCGAUUUUAACCACGAUAUCGGAGGUCAGAGAUAAUUAUGCCUCUCGUCAUCUUCAAUGGGAGUAGUUUAGUGCGGUUUGUCUGUGUAGCUUUCACAUCAUUUCCUUAUAAUUCAGCAUAUCUAACACCUACAGCAUCUGACUGAAGUUAUCGUUUGUGUAUUUGUCAUUAAGUUAGAGCAGCUGUUGGCGACGGCGUUCAGUCCGCUGCCUUCAGACAAGCUUGAGAUUCACAUCAAAAUGGAGUCUGUUUAUGCUUUUUUUCCCCCAUAAAUAUGCUGAUUAUGUAGCGUAGCUACUUCUGUAAAUGUACCUGAGGAGUGCUGGCUUUAAGCUACACAAAAUAAAUAGAAAAAGGAGCGUCUGCAGCGUCCUAAUCACCAGCGGAGCAGCUACAUGAGAGGUCUUUAGUCGAUGGACACUAAAAAUGGUUUUGAUGUUGUCACGAGAAAACAUUAGCCAUGUUUCCAUACACAUUCAGAAAAAGUUAACACACUCACUUGAGGUGGUUUUUGACUUUUCCUAAAGCAUUUAAGAGCUUCAUGGGAGAUGGACACACUUUUUCUGAAUCAGUUAUGAAACAUGGCCGACACCAGCUGACAGGAAACAAUAAUCACAACUUUCCUGAUUUAAAAACCAUUCUAAAGCUUUAUAUCUCCCUCGUAGAUGCACAAAGUUUAGUUUCUUGUUUGGAGUUUUUUAGAAGUUUGAAAACAACUGGUUUUGUCUUCUACUCUUUUUAGUACAGCAGAUGUAGCCUACAGCGCCACCCUCUGGCAACAUGACACCCCCCAGUGUAUUCACUCCAAAGCAGUUAAUGGAAACAAAACCGAUUUUUUAUUUAUUUUUUUUAGAUAUUUCAAAAAGAGCUGCAACGAUUGACUGAUUAGUUGUCAAGUAUUACAUGUUUUAUUUCUUUGAUUACAGCUACUGAAAUGUGAACAUUGCCUGAUGUCUUUCCUCCUCUAUGGGAGUAAACUAAAUAUCUUUGGACAAAACAUUUGUCAUCUGAGGGGACUUUGGAAAACACUGACUGACAUUUUUCAUCAUUUCCUUGGGUUUUUAUUUUUUAGACCAAACAGUUGGAAUAAUGGAGUUAACAGUCAUUAGUUGCAGCUCUAAUUUGAAAAGUUUGCUUCAAAUUCAAUCCAUGGCUACCUGGAAACAUGGCUAUUGUGAUUUCUGCACGGUUUUAUUUCAGUUUUGAGCAUAUCAUCCUUUAGGAAAAAUACUGAUUUGAUCAUUCAAAAGAACAAAAUGCUGUCAAACCGACUGUGUGAUGUUUUGUCUCGACACCAACGCUUGGUCAUUUUGUGAAUUUAAACUGAAAAUCGGAGGUCUGUUAUGGAUAAUUUGAGCAGUAUUUGUGAGGUAACCAGGAAUUAAACUGACCGUGUUUAGUUAGUUCAUUUCAAAUGCUUAAAGGAUUGUUAGUUUGACUUUAUGUUGAUUCGAUGCCACUCUGAAAGCGUUUUUCUUUUGUUAGUGCCCGCAUACUGCAUGUAGUCUGCUACGGAGGGUGAAAAGUGACUCGAGUAUAAAUAAAUGCAGCCUUGUAGAGAAAGUUAAAUUAAUUUUGGGAAUUCUGCAUUUCCACACAUCAGCUCUGCAUUUCUUUUUACACCCAAAUCAUUUUGUCCUCUUCAAUUUUGACAGAUGUGAUUGUGAAAAAGUCCCUUUAUCCGGCGAGGCAGAAACCAAAGACGACGGCACUGAAAGCUGUGACGAAAGGAUUACAAAAAGAAGAAUGUCUUGUGAAUGAUUUCCUGUAAAUCUGUCUUCAGAAAAUUCACAAACCACAGGUGAACCGUGUUUUGUGUUUGUCAAACUCUGUAGUGAUUGAUUUUUUUUUUUAAUCCAUGGAGGUGUGAGAGGUUAGCAGUGAUUUUCAUAAACACAUCUGCAUACUGUAAUAUCGUUUUGAUGUAAAGCCACAUUCAGCUCCUUCCGCCUUUUAGCAGCGCACACAAUCUAACAGCAGCUGUAUAUCAGGAGUAGAUCUGCAUGGCAACAGGCCUCUUAGUAAUGUUUGGAUAUGAUGCACAUCAGCGCUCAUCUAAGCAUGCUGAAGUGUGUGAGUGUGUGUGAGAGUUGUGAACUGGAAACUCUUAUUGUGACUUUAAAUCCAGAGUCCCCAUGUUUGGGUCGUUUACCUGAAAUGUUUGCUUUGAUUCGACUCCAUUCUGAUGUGGAUCAUCGCGGGCCGGUAAUGAAGCUGCACGGGGCAAUGUGACUUUGUGAGUUAUUUCUGCUCUCCUUAUGAAUUCUGCACAGUCCAGAGUGGCCUUAAAUUCAUCAAUAAACUGAUUAUUCAAAAUAAA